GAGCCCACUGUCCUCUCCCACCCUUAUCUUCUUUCACUCUUCUUUUGCUCCUUCUUCUUCACUCAGGUUGAAAAUCUCUGUUUUCCUUCCACAGUUCAUAGCUAUGGAUAGUGAAGUCACCAAGCCCAAGCCAAAGCCAGUGAUGAUAGAUAACUUUGAAAUGCCAAAGAGAGGGAAUAAGAUCAAAGCCAACGUAUUUUGGGGCCCGAGAAAAUCUGGGAACAAUACGACAACAGGGGAGAAUGAAAAAAGGGGCCAGAAAGCCACGGCGAAAGCUUGAAUUCUGCAACCCAGUGGGGAAGCUAGCUAGUAUGACCCUGAUUAAAGAAGCCCUGAGAGAGAGAGAGAGAGAGAGAGAGCGUGUUUAGCAAUUAUGAAGUAUUAUGUGGAUUCAGGGUUACAGAAGGUCUCUAUAUGAAUGUCUUGUAGUAUGUAUGGUUCUAUUCUGAAUAUUUUCUUAUGUCUUGUUUUGGCUUAUUCAUAAGAAAACUUCCAUUUUCUUCUUCUUCAACAUCCCAUAUCUAAUUACUAGAACAUGUUUGUGCACCUCAUCAUACUCCCUUUGGGUUUUUUGUAUGAGAGAGAAUUGUAGAUUUGUAUUUCUUUAUCCUAGUAAGAUUUGGAGAGGCCAAAUUGCUC